GCAUUUUUUGUUGUGAGGAGUCAGGAACCACCGCAUGUGUUUGGUCUUUAUUAUAUUAUUCCAUGCGUGUGUGUGAGUGUGUCGAUUUGUAAAGCGAAGAAUGCAGCCAUACGGAGAUGUUGAUUCCACUUUGAGGGCCAUCGCCGGUCGUGCCGAGGGAUUCGGCCGCCACGCCAUCGGUGGUCUCCACGGUGCUCUCUAUUUGGUUACCUCCCUUUCAGAUGAUGGUCCUGGUUCCCUUCGCGAAGGAUGUCGUAGACAGGAGCCGCUGUGGAUUGUUUUUGAAGUUUCAGGUACAAUUCAUCUUUCAUCAUACCUGAGUGUGUCCUCUAAUAAGACAGUUGAUGGAAGAGGCCAGAGGGUUAAAUUGACCGGGAAAGGCUUAAGGCUGAAAGAAUGUGAGAACAUAAUUAUAUGCAACCUUGAGUUUGAGGGGGGAAGGGGUCAUGAUGUAGAUGGGAUUCAAAUCAAACCAAAUUCUAGGAAUAUUUGGAUAGACCGUUGCAGCCUCCGAGAUUAUGAUGACGGCCUUAUAGACAUCACAAGACAAAGUACGGAUAUCACUGUAUCUAGAUGUUACUUUGCACAGCAUGACAAGACCAUGCUCAUUGGAGCCGACCCAACACAUGUCGGUGAUAGAUGCAUCCGGGUGACGAUUCAUCAUUGUUUCUUUGAUGGAACGAACCAGAGACAGCCUCGUUUGAGAUUUGGAAAAGUUCAUCUGUACAACAAUUACACCAGAAACUGGAAAGUAUAUGCAAUUUGUGCUAGUGUUGAGGCCCAGGUGACUUUGCUGCUAUCAUCCCGUGCAUUUCAUUUUCUUAUUUUACAUUCUAAUUUAUGUGCAGCAAUUGUGGAGAUAGCUGAUUUCUCUAAAAUCAUUUUACAGAUAUACUCCCAAUGUAACAUAUAUGAAGCAGGAGAUAAGAAAAAGGCUUAUGAAUUUUAUACCGAGAAGGCUGCGGACAAAGAAGAGGCGAAGUCUGGCAUCAUAAUAUCUGAAGGAGACAUGCUUCUGAAUGGUGCUCAGCCAUGCUUGCUAACAGAAUAUAAAGAAUCUGUUUUCCAUCCUAGUGAAUAUUACUCAACUUGGACAAUGGAACCUGCUACACAUUCUCUCAGAGAGGUUAUCCAGUUAUGUACAGGUUGGCAGUCCCUUUGCAGGCCAGUAGACAAUAUGGUAAUGAACUAGUGUGUGUAUAAGAUUCACACUAGAUUGUUACAGUAUUAUUUAGUCCUACGAAUAAAGAUGGUUAUUAUUUAGUCUUUUAUUUUUCUAAGAUAUCUUACAUGAUUAUUUUGUAUUCAUUUAAAUUUUAUCACAAGUUACUAAAUAUCUUUUAUAGGUUUCUUUUCUUAUUUUCACUUGUAUUAAACAAAAAUAAAAUGAAUCUUUUUAUUCACUUA